AUGGCUAGUUAGCUUUUUACAACACAGCGACUGGAGUCGAAAGACACGACAUGAAUAUUUGUAACUGUCUAACAGCUACAACAUUGCCGAACUAGUUAAUUGUGUGUGGCUAGUGUUGCUGCCGAAUAUAAAGACAAGACUCAUACGCUGUAUCGUUUUUUCUUACGGGCCACUUCACCCCUAACCCCCCACCCCCUUUUACAUCCAGAAUAUCAACACAACAAAGAUGGAGGAGCUCCAUACCCACUGCCUGAACUGUGUGAACCGGAGGUGUAUGAUUCGCACAGAGACUGGUAUGUCCUGUGAUCUCAUUGGCUGUCCUCUCGUCUGUGGGGCAGUCUUCCACUCCUGUAAAGAGGAGGAACAUCAUUUACUAUGCCCGUUUGAAAGAGUGCCUUGCCUCAACACUGGAUUUGGGUGCCCUUUCACUAUCCCCCGGAUUAAGAUGGCUAAACACCUAGAGACGUGCCCGGCCAGUGUGGUGUGUUGCACCAUGGAGUGGAACCGUUGGCCUGUGAGCUAUUCAGACAGGAAGUCCUACGAGCAUUUGAGCAAUGUUGAAGUGGUGGAGCAGCUCGACAUGGCCCUGGCUCUGCAAGAUCAGAGGAUGCUACUGGAGUCUCUUAGAGUCACCACCAACACGUCAAAGAACAGAUAUAAUAAAUCAGCUGAGGAAACGUGUUACAAGAUCGCUGAUGUAAUGUCAAGUGUACCAGAGACUGACGUUAGUAAUAGAACGGUUGAAAUGGAUGAGGCUGCUGCUUUGACUAAUGGAGUGGUUGAAAUGGAAGAUGAUGAUGAGUCUUAUAGUGAGGUACACAAAAUAAACUUAGCAGCUACCUUGGCUGUCCUCAGAAGUGCCAAGGACAUUGACUUGAUCAGUGUAAAUGUUGAAAACGGUGAGAGAGAAGGGGUUCUCCAUAGGGGAGAGGACAGUGAUAAUGAUAAUCAUAAUGAUUUGAAGAAUGUAGAGAUGAAGGCAAGUGACACAGAGUCGGGCUGUGAGCUCGGCGCAGUGGGCGGAGCCGGAGUGGACUGUGGAUUUGGAACAGACAGACAGGGAGACGAGAGCUAUUGGGGAGAGUCUUCAGAGGAAGUGGAGAAGGACCAUGUGAUGGGUCUUGCUGAGGUGGGUUGUCCUCCUCUCAGUAAUGGUUUCAACCAUACAGGAGACAACCAAAAACACUUGAGACAGCGUGAGUGGAUGGAUCUGAGCAGAUCUCCACCCAGAUGCUCUGAAGUCAACAGGUUUUCAGACUUCAGGCUGGUGAUGCCUUAUCUCUCCAUGCCUAAUAUAGUAGCACCACGGGAGCCCUCUGGGCCCCACCCUCCACCACUACCCAUCCACCUGCCUCUUCCCAUGCCUCUCCCUAAUCUGGAGCCCUACAACGUGCUCCAGCACCUGCCCUUGGAGAUCGAAGACAGGUGGCUGGAGAGGAAACUUCAGAACCUCCAGGUGCUCAGAGGGAUGAGCGUGUUUACAUUUAACGGGCGCAGGGCUCUGAUGUCUGACCCCUAUCUGUUCAGAGCCAAAAUGGAGGACAAGUCAGUGGACACCUCAGACCUGGAGGUAACUGACGAUCCAUUGGGGCUCCAUGGAAUCGACCUGAUCACGGCAGCACUGCUCUUCUGUCUGGGGGACUCCCCUGGGGGCCGCAGCAUCUCAGACAGCAGGUUUGUAGACGGCUACCACGUCGACUUUGGUACCCAGACCUUCUCCUUCCCCUCGGCUAUACUGGCCACUAACACCAUGGUGGGGGAUAUCGCCUCAGCGUCGGCCUGUGAUCACGCCAGCCCUCAGCUCUCCAACCCCAGCCCCUUCCACUCUCUCCGGCUGGACCUGGUUUUGGAGUGCGUGGCCCGUUACCAGACCAAGCAGCGCACCAUGUUCACCUUCGUGUGUGGACAGCUGUUCCGCAGGGACGAGUUCUCCUCGCAUUUCAAAAACGUUCACGGGGACAUCCAUGCCGGGCUGAACGGCUGGCUGGAGCACCGCUGUCCCCUGGCCUACUACGGCUGCACCUAUUCCCAGAGACGCUUCUGUCCCUCUGUUCAGGGCUCCAGGAUCAUCCAUGACAGACACCUGGGCUCGUUUGGGGUGCGGCCCGACAUGCCUCCCCAGUACGGCGAUAAAACCCUCCACAGGAAUGCCUGUCGGUUCGGGUCCACCUGCGACCACCUGAGCUCCUUGCCCUUCGAGGUGCAACAGUAUGUGGCCAGUUUCCUGGAUGGCUUCACCCUGUGCCAGUUGUCUAGGGUCUCUCGGACAAUGAGGGAUGUGUGUGGCAGUUUACUGCAGUCCAGAGGCAUGGUGGUGCUGCUCUGGGAGAACACACGAAGGCCUGAUGGGUCGUCCUCAUGGCAGAUCCAAAACAAGGUGUGGCGAUUUAGCACAGCCUUCAGUACAGUGAAGGAGUGGAAGUUUGCCAACAUCACCAGUAUGGCCGACCAUCUGAAGAAGUGCAAGUUUAACACCAUCACCUGUCGGGACGAGGCCAUCCCUCUGCCCUGCAUGUGCUUAUCCAGAGAGCUCACCAAAGAGGGAUGCUCACUGCGCUCAGUCCUCAAGCCAGUAUUAUGAGUAACGCUAUAAAAGGGUUGGAGUCCAUGGGUACGUCUAAAAUGGCACCCUAUUAAAAGUAGUGCACUAUGUAAGCUUUGGGGUACUAUUAUGGACGUAGCUCAUUUCAAUCCAUUCAGUAAGUUCUUACAGAAGUACUCCCAGAAUUCACUGAAUUGAAAUGCACUCCAACCCUGCUCUAUGAGAAGCAAAUACAAAAUGCUGCUAUCUUUCUCUUCCGGUCUGGACAGAAAAAACCUGACUUGUUUUCAACCUAUUUGAUAUGCAUUCACGCUGAGUGGACAAAACAUUAGGAACACCUGCUCUUUCCAUGACAGACUGACCAGGUGAAUCCAGGUGAAAGCUAUGAUCCCUUAUUGAUGUCAC